CCUCCAUUACCAGCUUUUCGUAACUGACAAAAUUUUGAACUAGUCAGCUUUUCAGCUAGUGCGAGGUGGCGUUGUUGACUUCUCUCAACAUAUUCAUCAAUCAAAUGAAAUAAGCCGCUAAUUGAUAAGAUGGCACCAUUAAAAACCACAACAAAAAAAUCUUCAGUCAUACCUUCAGAAAAUUUGAUCAAAAACAUGAACACCAGAAGCAGUGCAAGAGUGUCUUCUGGCAUAAUGAAAAAAGAAAAUAUCAAAGAAAUAAACUCUUUCCCCAAGCGCAAAGCUGUGUCCCCCAUAAAGGGAAAUACACUAAAGAGAUCAGCUCUUGGAAAUAUAACUAAUGCCAUAGAAACACAAUGCGUCAUUAGUAGUGGAAAGAAAACUGCAAAGAAGGUGCCUAUUUCGACUGUGACUAAGCCAACGAUCGCAACAUCGGCUAAAGCCACUCAUCCGACGAUGAUUUCAAAACCUAGUCUUCAGGUGAAAUCUAUGCUUCCCCCUCUCCCCAAGUCCCGUCCCCCUAUCACAACGCAGGUGUCACAUGUUCCCAAACUGAGCUUGACUUCAACUCUGAGGUCUGUACCUGCGACUGUUGCCAAACCAUCUGACAAGCCUACGACUCUGACCAAGCCUGUGGCACGACAACGUAGUCCUUCAGUCAAGAAACCAGCCCCCUCUCUACUGGUGCCUAGCAAAUGCAAGGUGACAAUCAAACCAAAAUGCAGUGUAAGUUCACUGCCCACCACCCGCAGAUCAUCUGGUCGCAGAAGUACUUUGGACUCUACAGACUCCUCCCUCUAUGUGUCUGCACUCAGCGAAGUGGCAGAUAAUGAAACCAGUGAUGGUGAGGUGCAGCUUCCAUCCCCUGCACUACCCACCCCUCUCAUCAACAUAGAUGAGGAAUACGCAGAGGACCCUUACCAGUGCGCUGAUUACGCUUAUGAAAUAUUUGAGUACCUCAAGAGUAGAGAGCAUCACUACAAGAUCAAAGACUACAUGGAGAAACAGCCAGCUCUGAGCAGCCAUAUUCGAGCAAUCGUAGUUGACUGGAUGGUGGAAAUUCAGGAAAACUUUGAGCUGAACCACGAGACGCUGUACCUGGGAGUGAAGCUAUUGGAUACGUACCUUGCGCAGAUUAAGGUGCAACGUAUGAGUCUACAGCUGGUAGGCGCCACUGCCAUGUUGCUUGCUGCCAAGUACGAUGAAAGGAUACCUCCUUCAAUUGAAGACUUCCUGUACAUCUGUGAUGGAGCUUACAAACAUCAUGACGUCACCCGGAUGGAAACAAACAUUUUAAAAGUUGUAAAUUUUGAGUUAGGCUUCCCUCUAUCCUACAGGUUCUUGAGAAGAUAUGCCAGGUGCGCCAAGGUACCCAUGCCAACACUGACCUUGGCAAGAUUCAUCCUCGAGUUCACCCUCAUGGACUACUCCACGGUCACACUCUCCGACUCAAAGAUAGGCGCUGCUGCUUUGUACAUUGCAUUCAAGAUGGAGAAGAAGUUGGAUUGGGACGACACACUUAUCUACUUUUCAGGGUACAGAGUAAAAGACUUUAGAGAAGAAGCUCACAUUCUGAACAACAUCAUGCAUCAGAAGCCGAGCAAGAGUUUGUCUACAGUGCGGAACAAGUAUUCUCACAAAAUUUUCUACGAGGUAGCUAAAAUCCCUUUGGUAAGUAAUGAAGAGUUAUGAAGAGGAGAGCAGAGAGGCUCGAAUGUAAAUAUUCAAGAGGCUGGCACCAGACCAGCAGACGAAAGACUGAUGUCUGGAUGUAAGAACUGUGAGCCACGGGGUAGUCACCCCUCGUAUACUGCAUUGUAAUAGUAGUCGGGGUGUUGUUGAACAAGCGGCAUUUCCAAAUUUUUGACAACAAUAUUCUUAUAGCUUUCUAUUUUUAAUUGUUGGAAAUUUAGAUAAAAUUCAAUUUCAAUUAAUAUUAUUCUUGUAUACACUUUGUUAUUUAAUAAUUUAAAAUUUAUAUUGUAUUAUUUAACUUUAAAAUAUUGUACUUUUACUUGUAAGUAUACUCUUUAAACAAUUUCAAA